AUGCCACUUAAAAUAUUAAUUCUAGCUGCUGGCUACGGUACACGUCUUCAACGCGACAUACUCGCUGAUCCCACACAACAAUUCAAAAAUCUCCUCAACACGCCAAAACCACUUCUUCCUCUUGGACCAAACAACGAUGCUCUUCUCACGUAUUGGCUAAACAUUUUUCGUGAAGCGAAAAUCGAGAUUGCCACUACAGUAUACAUUGUAUCCAAUGCGCUAUACCAUUCGCAAUUUGUGUCUUGGGCUCAAGUACAAGGAUUUCCGACGCAAAAUAUUGUCAGUGACGGAACCGAAACUAAUGAAAAACGAGUUGGGGCUGUAGGUGAUGUUGCCUUUGCCGUUGAACAUUUUGGUUGGUUCAAAGACGCGUGGUCAAAAGAAGACAUAGAUUUGUGUAUUAUUGGUGGUGAUACUCUUUUUCAAAAGAAAGGGUUUUCUUUUAAGAAAUUGUGGCGCGUUUAUGAGGAAAAGUGUAAAAAAAAGUACAAAGCGAGCUUAAUUACCACUUAUCGUGUGUCUGACGAAGAAGUUAUUCUCGAAUUCCACGAAAAACCUCGACCCGAGAAAACAAUUUCGCGUAAUGCUUGCCCAUGCUUUUACUUUUUUAGAAGAGAGAUGGUCGGUCUGUUACGUGCAUUCCUACAAGAAUCUGAGCAGCGUGGGGAUCCGCUGGAUAAACGAGAUGCAAUUGGUAAAGUGUUAGCGUGGAGUAUUAAUGGCGAGUUAGAAACAUUUUAUGCGGUGCACGCGGAGGGAAGGAUUGAUGUUGGUGAUUUGCAGGGGUAUAUUAAGGCAAGAAAGUAUUUCGAAGAGAUUGAGUUCUGA